AGAUACACACACGACACCAACACAGAUAGGUGCACCUCAGUUCAGCUCGCAGAAAGAAAUUAAAGCGAGGGAUCUGUGAGGAGCUUCGACAGAUAUACUGUAGUACGCACGCGCUACCUUGCUAGCUAGCUAGGUAGCAGCCAUGGCAAGUGCUGCUCUUGUUGUACUGAUGCUCAGCAGCUGGGCAGCGGCCGCAGCGCUGGAAACGUUGCCGGUGCCGUUCCAAGCCGGGUACAUGCCGCUGUUUGGCGGAGACAACCUCGUCCGGUCGCCGGACGGCCGCGCCGUCCGCCUCAAACUCGACGGCCGCACCGGCUCUGGGUUCGUAUCCAAGUCGGCGUACCACCACGGAUUCUUCAGCGCUUCCAUCAAGCUGCCCGACGACUACACCGCUGGUGUUGUUGUCGCCUUCUACCUGUCGAACGGCGACGUGUUCCCGCGCAACCACGACGAGGUGGACUUCGAGCUGCUGGGCAACCGCCGCGGCCACGAGUGGCGCGUCCAGACCAAUAUCUACGGCAACGGCAGCACCGCGCGCGGCCGUGAGGAACGGUACCUCCUCCCCUUCGACCCCACCCUCCGGCCGCACGCCUAUGCCGUCGCCUGGACCGCCACCGCCAUCAUCUUCUACGUCGACGGGACGCCCAUCCGCGAGGUGGUCCGUGUGCCGGCCAUGGGCGGCGACUUCCCGGCCAAGCCCAUGUCCGUGUACGCCACAGUCUGGGACGGAUCCGCAUGGGCCACCGACGGCGGCAGGUACAAGGUCGACUACGCCUACGCGCCCUUCGCCGCCGACUUCUCCCACCUCAUCCUCCGCGGCUGCCCCGCUGAGAACAACAGCGACGGCCCCGCGAAUGCCGAGUGCGAGGUGGCGGUGAUGACUGCGGAGUGCGCCGUGAUGACCCCGGGCAAGCGCGCCGCAAUGCGCCGCUUCCGACGCCGAUACCUCAUCUACACCGUCUGCCACGACAGGUAUCGGUACAACGGCACCAUCUUCCCCGAGUGCGACGUGGAAGGCUCCGACAGCGACGACUUCCACAUGUGGGGCGAGUCGAAGCGCGUCACGCCGCGCCGCCGCCGCGGGAACAAGGCCAAGGCCGAGGCCGACCGGCCGACCACGUGGCCCAUCGGAGCCCUACGUGCAGACUAAUAUGGCCGGGGAGAUGAGGUGUGAUCGAUGUCGUCGCCAUUAGAGAAUGAAUUAAAUUGCACGAUCGAGGUUGUAUAUGUAGAGACGCACUCAAAUCAAUCAGUGAUUACAUGCAUGCAUGCAUACAUACAUACAGGUUUUGUUUCA